AUGACAUCGUUCAAGUCAGAUACCAUUACUUAUAAAGCUUAUGCUUACCAGAAUGGAAACUAUCCCAUUGAGAUUGUUGAUGAGACCAUCAAGUUGGUUAAGGGACCCGGACCCUCAGACGAGUUUGUUGCGCCACCAGGGAAAAUCCUUUUGAAGAUCAACUAUGCCGCAUUGAAUCCCGUGGAUUAUAAGUUGUACCACAUGAAGCCAUCAUUCUUGCGUUUCUACAACAAUAAGCAAGGUUUUGGUAGGGAUUUUAGUGGUGAGGUAUUGUCAAUUGGGGCAAAUACAAGUACACAAGUAAAAGUUGGCGAUUUCGUCGAAGGUAUUUACACUCCUGUAUUAGAUAAAGGGUCAUGUGCUCAGUACUUGUUGCUCGAUCCUAAGGUAUCGCCAAUUACCACAAAACCUAGUAAUAUUGAUCUUGUGCAAGCAUCUGCAUGGCCAUUGGUUUUGGGAACUGCGAUGCAAUUGAGUAAAGGAUUGCAAUACAAGGACAGUAAAGUAUUGGUUUUGGGUGCAGGAACCUCUGUCGGUAGGUAUGUUGUGCAAUUGGCUAGAAUUGGAGGAGCACGCGAGGUUGUCACAACAAACUCGGCAAGGGCAGAGAGCUUGAUAAGAGAAUUGGGCGCAACUGAGCAGAUUGAUUAUAGAAAACACCCCAACUUUUUGAACCCGGUGUUGGAAAGUGUCAAGACAAGUGGGGAAUUCAACUACAUUAUUGAUUGUUGGGGUGGUGCACAACUAUUCCCUGAAAUCGAUAACAUUUUGGUAAAAGGAGGCGAAUACCGUACAAUUGUUGGAGACACUCCGGGCCAUGGGUUGGGUGCUGUGUUUGGAACUAUCAAAUCUGCCUUGAGAACUAUCGUUUCGAAAUUGGGACUCCUCGAUUAUUUGUACCAAUUUGCAUUCUUGAAAAAUACGGAUAAUUGGAUAGAUAAUGCAAGAGAUCUUAUAGAGGAGGGAAAAGUAAAGAUAUUUGUUGAUCACAUUUAUCCCUUUGAACAGCUAAAGGAAGCUGUGGAACGAUUAGUGAGCGGGAAAGCAGAGGGGAAGGUUAUUUUGGAAGUUGCAAAACCAGAGAAUUGA